AUGCAACAACGGCGGAAAAAAACCUUACAGGCUUGCAGACAGCGUUUUCUGCCUAGUACUGUUUUGGUCCGUAACCAUUUUAUAUGUUUCUAGUCGGUUAUAUCGGCAUCCAAUCACACCUAAAAGUAUUACCGCUGUAUGAUCCACAAAGAGUCAUUGGUUAUGUCCGAGAACCUGUUGGUUUUGUAACAGACCCUCGGUGAAGGUCGUUUCCCUGUUUGAGGACGAACUUUGUUGGCAGAAAGGCCCUGUCGUCUGCAGUGGGUGUGACUGAGAUGUGAGCUACUAAUAUUCUGCCCAAUUCAGAAUUUUCCAUGGAUGGUUACAUUCCCUGCAUUGCAGGCAGACAGUAAGACCGAUUUGAUGGAGGGGGAGGGGCAGGGCGCUGCAUUUCAUUUUUGCACUCUCUACCCCUAGCCACUCAAGUCGACCUACGUAAUGGUAACCUUGAAUACUUGAGUCCUGUAAGUUCUAGAACGGACCUAUUGUUGGGGGCUCCUUCUUCCGAGCCGGAUAUUCAGUUUGGCCGUGCUAUGUCUAUCGCCUGAGCAAGGUACCUCAUACUAGUCAGUGUAGUCCCAAGACCACGUUUUUUUUCUUGUAGACAAGGUUCUAUGUGUUGAACGUAGGGCUGUUUGAUGAGCCCUGUCCAGGCUUGUUUUCCGACUGGUUUAAGAUGUUCCGUCAUGUCUGAGCUACUUUAGUCAUGAAGUGCUGCGUAAAACUAUGGUCUAGGUUCUUUCGUGUAUUCUUCUUUCGGAUGUGCUAUGCCUCUGACAAAUGAAUCAGUAGUGCUUGGUCGCGUACUAGCGCGUUUCUAGCGCCAGAUUAUCUUCACUUCAGUCCGUUGCGUUGCUUACGUUGAUGUGCCUCGUCAGCCGCCGACAACAUUAGUGUGCAGAUGCUUCUUAUAUGACGAAGUGCAUUUUUCUCCAGCAAGGACAUGGACCGGUCGUGUUUUACGCAUUUCUUUUACAACAGAAGAAACGUUGGUCAAAUGCCUCGAUUUUGCUUUGGAUAAUUCCUUUCCAUAUCCGAUAUAGUGGACUCCGCACGCCUCUCCACCGAUAAAGGCCGAAUAUAAUGGUUGCGAGGACCAUCUUAUCUUGAUAGACAGUGUAGAAAUAGGUUUUGAGCCAAUGUUCUGUUUGUUGUCUCUAGGUUGGUGGUGGCGAUGGCGUAGGAUUAAGAGCCACCGCACGGAACUCGGGCAGGCGACAGUGGACGCGCCCAAAUUGAUGUGAAGUAUCCCCAUGAUGUCGCGACGUGCGUUGACUACCUCGUUCGAGAGGACUUUUCAAGUAGUCCAGAUCUGGACAAGAGUACUGUCCAUCGACGACCGCCAAAGAGUGGAGAUGGUCAAGGCCUGUGUUCUUGCGUUCUGUCUUAUUUUCAUUCCUAAAGAAAGACAGAAGAGUGGCUAAGUUCUAUAGCGAUCUCGACUUCUCAUGCUUGUUUACUUACCUUAUGCUGCCAGAGCGUCAGUCUUGAGGCAGUGCAUAUAGAAUUUCACAGGAAAACUGUUCUCUUCUAGCGCCUUGUUUUUGAUCAGCCUCAGUAUUACGUAUGUUAUCUUUUCCUAAGGAGGGCCACACAACACAAUAGGCAGGAGAAAGAAGGAGCCCCGUCUCUGAUAGGGAGGUGAGAAUGGGUUUGUCGUCAGAGUUGACAAUGCGCUUGAAGUGUUCACUCCGGCACUCAAUGUUGCCAAGCUUCUAGCAUCUAAACCACCAUUUGCAUCGGAAAGACUCACUCAGUGUGUGGGACCUACUGCUGGCUAGGAGGAUUAUUCGGUGGAACUGUUCCAUGUUGUUAAAAGCCUGAGACCUACCCCAUGGAAGUCAUGUUGACUCAGUAGUCUUAUGGUCUUUUCUGGUCGUCUUGCCGUUAUUUUAUGGAGUCCGAUAACUUGAGUUGUCCGGACAGACAACUAGAGAGUUUUUGGACUGAUUUGGUCUUUGCGGUGCCACACCAGGAAUCCAAGACCUCUCUCCACCGUCUUCUCUCGAUUUGGACAGCAGGUUGAGACGAAGGCCUUCCGUUCGUAGCGACGACUGAGUUGGAAUGCCGUAAUUGUACGAUGUUGAGGUGUCUAGCACCGCAUUUUGGUCACGGAUAAGAGGCGAACCUUCGGGCUUGCGCUGACGAAAACAUGUUCUGCUCCGUAGACGUUGUCGAUUUCACACUCCCUUCUCGUGCGAUAACCGAACUUAACUGGCUGACCGCAAGACCAUCGUAGGAAUAUUGGGUCAACAGAUGUUUGAAGCACUUGUCGCUGAUAGGCACGCAGUUCCGUUUAACAAGACUUGCCACACAUUCGUCAUUGUCGUAUCGAGAACCAAACCCAAAGCGGCUAAUAAGGCGGUUGACUGAACAGUCGACUGACUAAGCCCCACCAUGCCAGGUGCAAACGAGAAGUUGAUAGGGCGUCCUUUCACUCACACGCACGAUAGCAGGUCAUUGAUUGGCUCCCAAUGAAGUGAUGAUUGGUUCGUCGACUCCUAGGGGACGGUUGUCAUAAAAUGCCUUACGCGGAAGUUAUAGAGGUCGCUAUGAAGGCGGAAACGGGAAUUAACUUCGAAAUCUUGAUUUCCAGAGGAAUCGAGUUUGGGCUUUUGACAUAGAGCAAGCAACAAGCACUAACAUUGUAUUGGUGGGGCCACUUAUUAUCGACCGAUGAAGGUUCACUCAUUCCACUAUCCAGUCCUGAAAGCCCAUUUUCAGCCUACUUGCCCUGCUAAACCAGGAUUGCGCAGCUCGUUUUCCGCGAGCACCACAACAUGGACUUCAAAAUCGUAUUUAAACAUACACGAUGAAAUGUGUUUUUAAUUUUUGAUACAUACAACGUGCCCUCUUAAUGCUUAUUUUUUGGUAUUCUUGUGCCUCUCAGAUAACUUUAUAACACUCGUCUGACCUGUCUUUGCUGGACUCACUAUACUAUCCUCUUCCUUUUAGCUGCAAACGUCUGAAAAUGAGCAUGCUUUCGAGUCUAAGAGCCGAAUUCGACAGUUACUUUGAUGAAGUAAUAGACCUUCUGUAUUCCCAUCUCGAUAAGCAGCUCCUUCCUGCAAAGGAACACUUCCUCGCAGUACGUCUUUCCAGUUUCCACAAAACCAAUUCCACUUUAAGUCGGCCAGGUACAAUGUGCCCACCGGAAAGAAGAUCCGCGGACUACUCUGUGUAGCUGCCUUCAAGGCCUUCUCCAGCGAAGAGGAGCAAGUCGUGACCACGCGCAUGGCGAACCUCGUCGGUUGGUGCAUUGAGUUGGUAGGCUGCUACUCGCUCACUUUCAGUUUCACCUGUCCACACCUUUGUAGAUCCAAGCCGGCUUCCUCAUUCACGAUGACCUGAUUGACAAUUCACCCAUGCGUCGGGGUCGUACCAGUUGGCCUGAACUUCAGAGGGCGGCGGGCCUGGGUCUGAUCUCCGUGAAUGACGGCUUGCAUCUCGUCUUUUGUGCCCAACAGAUCCUCUUCUCCGUUCUGGGUGAGACCGCUGCCUUGCGGGAAGUUGGUCUUCAGCUAGUUAGGUUGUUUGGCGACUGCGCUCACUUCACUUGUCUUGGGCAGGCCCUGGAUAUCCUAGCCAAUAGCGCACCGCAGACACCGCGACCGACAGAAAAUGGCGAGACGGAGACCGUCACGGCACCAAAAGUUGCCAAACUCGCUCCCGGACGACUGGCUGGCAUUACUAAGGAACGCUUUGCGGCCAUUGCCAAGUGGAAGACAAGUUAUUAUAGCUUUGUCUUACCAGUGACAGCCGGGAUGCUUUUGGUGAGCACAUCGUCUAUGCAUUUUUAUUCUGGCUCAUAUUACGCUUCUUCCUUCGACGUUUUCUCCUAGUCGGAGAUCUCGACCACUGCCUAGUGUAGUAUGAAUCAAGACUCCCAAAAAAUAGACUAGUUUGCCUAAAGGUGUUUUCAUCCAGGAAAGCUCCCUUACGGCAUGCACCAAACCCAUGAACCAUGUCAAAGUUUGCGAAAAGUCUGAACUAAUUCAGAAAUCUUCCUUAGUUCAUCACCUAAAACUCGAGAAAAAGAAAAUAAACUAUCUGGUUGCAAACGAAGCAGGGAAAUGCACGGACGGUUUUAUUAAGUUGCUUAAAAUUGUUUUGAACGUGAAAUUCAGACAUUGUGUGUACUACAGGUCACCUAGUAACCUUAUUACUAAGUGUUUAAGAGGCUCUGACAAUCGACCGGUGUAUAAUGGUGAGAAGAGAGAGAGAGAGAGAGAGAGAGAGAGAAUGACGCCGAGACCAGGGAAUCAAUCCUCAUAGCACACCAGUGCAUAUCAUGUCAUAGCAAGUCUGACUACACGCUCGUAUUCAGGAAAGCGACAAACACGACACAACUACUGAGCUACAACAGCAACCACCCAGUUGCAUAAGGGUGCUAUACCAGCGGGUAGAGACUCACUGUAGUGAACCGGAAGACAAGGUUGCAGAAGUAUAAUACCUUCGACGGGUGCUUAGAAUGGAUGACUACCCGCGCAAAUUCGUCAAGCAAUGCCUGUGUAAACGAGGCGAGAGACAAAAUCCAACCGGCCCCACAUUUUGGCGAGCUCUCCCGUACGUGAAGAAUGUCUCGGAAGCCGUCAGCCGCCUCCUUACGCCCCUUGAAAUUGGAGUUGCACACAGACCGGGGCAGCCAUUAGGCGCCAGAUCAUGAAGCCGAAGGACCCAAUGCCACGGCAGGAAACAUCUGGAGUCGUUUACCGGGUUUGGUGCAGUUUUAGGCAAAGCAAUUAUGACGAAGAAACCGGAAGACUACUCCGGACGCGGUCGGCCGAGCACGCGGCAGCAGUGAGGAGGAGCGACGCCAACUCCCAAGUCAAGACUCAUUCGACGAUAACCAAUCACACAUUCGAGUUUGGCGAAGCAGAACGUCUUGCUAGAAGCAACAACCGCGUGAACUGUGAACUGCUCGUGUCAUGGUUUUCCAGUCCUCAUUCAAUCAACAAGCACAACGACCCCCCCCCCCUUCCCCGUAUUCGGCGUUGAGACUUGGCCUAGGCAAAGUAGAUAUCCGUGAGGAGAACAUGCAGAUAAUCACUGUCGGCGGUAUCAAUUUCGGUGGUCCAAAUCACCCAAGAGUCCACACAGAUGACGAAAUCCGGUAGUCAGCCGCUCGGCGGCGUACGAUGAGUAUCGGAACCGCUAAUCUUGACCGGCAUACAGACGCUAGUAACUGCACGCCAACGGUGUACUUCAACACCUGGCCAGUCGAGCUGUGAUGCACUCGGGAGCCAUCAGCUGUGAUAGGCAUAUAGCGGCCUAGUAACUACUUUCGAUAAAUACUGCAGCACCUGGGCAAUCCACUACCCUUGUCUGACUGUCUCUGAUUAUGGACUUGAGUGGGAAUCCGAAACGUCAGGCUGGUGUAACACUGGUUCCAGCGAUCGCGUCUCCUUUUCCGCGACUACUUCCUGGAACUCGCCUCUGUUAACGCUCGAAUCUAUCAGAACGCGCUAGGAUUCGUGGCUUGAGAGGCUACCAACUGGCUGGAUAACGCAACCUCCAAUGGUGUGUUUUCGGGAUGGCUAUAGGACUGGGAUUAACGCUGCCAUGGCCCCUCGGUGUGGUUUUUAUCGCUGUUUCCUGCGUGCGAGCUCCGAACCGCCCCCUCUGAGUCGGGGCACAUGUGAGGACCAGGUCAUGUGGGAGUGCGUGUGGACAGUUGCUGCCUUAUCAGCCCAGCCCCCCUCCGGUCGUCUUCACGUUCUCUUGCUAUCAGAGCAAGGUGGGUGAGUCAUCGGUACUGCGCUCGUUUUUUUAAACACGUGGUGGAUGUCGUCGUUUGCAGCAGUUGAACUACUAGUAUACUUGUUAAUCUUGCACCCCCCCCCCAAAAAAAACGGGCCUCACGGUAGAUGCGCUGCACCAACACGGGGGGGGGGUUAGAUCGGAGUCUGACAGGCGUUAUUGGGUAUGCGCACCCAGAACAAAUGUCAACAUUCAGGAUGCGAUGUUAAACCCAGUUGCAGGCUCACGCCGCGCCAUUUUGGAUCCGAUCUGCCCCACCCCUAUAUUUGUUGUAUGUCUAGGUGCAGGCUCUCGCCGCGCCAGUCACCUGCGCCCUCCCCAGCCUCCGGUUUUCUUGACUUGGUCAUGGCACCGGACCCGGAUGGGGAAGGAGGGCAAAGUGCGGUAGAUGGUACGCAGGUCUACCAUCACUGUAAGCUAAUCCACGCACAAGUCACCGUUCCUUUGGAGCACACCCGUGUGGAGCACACGGUGAACAUCGUCGAAAUCGACGGUCGAACUGCCAUACUUUUGAACCUGUAAGCCAAGGGAUACGUGGUCUCCGGGGAUGCAUGUGAACGAACAAAUGAUGAAGAAUAAGAGGGGAAAUGCUUAAAUAAAGUAGUCCUCGUCCUUUACUGGUCAAGUUUUCCCCAGUCAGUGGGGAUCCGCGGCGAAGUAUUGAACAGUGCUCCUCUGCCCUCAUUAAGUGUUGUCCUUAGAUACGUGUACCCUUUGGCGUUGCGUCGAUUGUGUUGUACAAGCCGGGCUUACUUUCGGAACAGCUGUACAGUGUACUACCGGUCGGAAUUAAAAUUUUAGAGGGGCCGCACGUUGGAAGGGUGUUCACUGACUACAAAUUUGAAGGAUAGGAAUAGUAAGCGUACCGUGUCCGGUCUCUGGAUUGAAGUCUUGUUCUACAUGACUACUGUUUUCCCGCCUGUGACAAUCGCAGUUUCUGAGCCUCAGGACGUCCUUGAAAUGCCAGUAAAUGUUUGGCUUUUUUGGUAUUCUCAGUCGAUCCAUAGGAGAGGUGCUGCCCUUAUUUUGCUGGAGCUUGUCUCCUCAGGAAACGCUUUUCUGCAGCUGGCGGGAAGACCGUAUUUGUGAGCUUAUCUGGAAAUUAGGUGUCGCCAAAAAAGCAAGGGCGGGCGGUGAAUGGCCAGGCUCUGAGGGUUGACGCUGCCGUCGAGUUCACCGUGGUGCAUAUGAAGUGCAUGAGGUAACCAUACGACUGAAAAGCAAAACACGCCGGGGGGAUGUUUCCAUACUGGCACAGGAAGGAUGCUAACCGAUCAUCUGAUGCACCAAAUGGAUUUUAGGGUUGUUUUACCCUUUACAAUCACUCCCACUCCGUUGGUGCCUGAAUCGCCUUCUCCUCCUGCCGUGUGAAAUCCUGGUCGUUUGUGUGCAGACCGAGAGGUGUGGUGGUACGCGGGGGCGCAGGUCCACGCCACGUCAGUCACCUGCGUCCUCCCCCGUUUUCAGUCUCCUUGAGUGUGUCAUGACACUGGGCCCGGCUGGGUAGUGUCUACUUUGACAGCUUCAAUGUGGAUCUGAUCUCGUGACAGGCGCGGGAGUAAUGUCCCACGCAAACGGCUUCUCCCACUGGCUGUUCGUACUUGUUUCUAGUCAAGCCGCCGUCAUGUGUUGUCACACACUCAGUAGCUAUCUGUCGCCUCUUAGGUCAAAUCCUCAGGCCGCGGUGUAGCUCCGCCGGCCACAAUCGCCCGACCACCUGCAGUCCACAAAACUAGCGGUUGGUGACUGCCAUCGUUAGAGCACAGGGUAAUUUUGCAGUUUCCGUCUCCGGAUUGGAUGAGCCAUUUGGGUAGUUCCAUUUAUGAACCCAUCCCUUUCGGUAGCGCAGAUUACCCAGGGCGUGCCCUUGCCCUGUGGACGAAAAUGCUACCUCUGAACUCAUCACACCGUAAACUUCUGCAAAGAAAGAAGGCAGAGGCUCUGGGAAAUUUCAUUGUCUGUCUGACUUGUCGAACAGGUAGGACUGUUGUGUAUUGUAAUAACCAAGGCGACCUUCCGAACUGGUCCACCAGCUUUCGGAUUAGUGUUUUACUCUCGCCACCGUGACCGUGCGAAGGCGACGGUGGUAGAAGUAUCGUGGUUUGCGGCAACCACCACGUUGGUACUGGCCUGCUGCGUCUGUGGGGUGGUUCUUCAAAUUCAUUGCUCGCUAACUUCAUUUUCGGCUGAGGUGCUGCUGAUUUCGUCUCUGAUCAACCUCGUUGCUGGUCUAGAGUUACCCUUAUAAUGGACGAUUUUGUAUUUUACUCCCAUAGACUUUCUCUAGCUAAUAAACUUUUAGUGCGUGGAAUCUGAGUACGCAGUUUCUGGCGGCAUAAGCCCUCAUACGUCGUCCACGCCUGUAUACCACCUUGCACCAUAUCUUUUCCAGUUUAUUUAGUCGUACCCCUAACAGUGCCAUCCCUAGCCAGCCUGAUUAAGACCCGGCUCUGACCCGUCUUAUUUUCUCCUUUCUAGGCAGGUGUGAAGGACGAGAAACUCCUGGAGAAUGCAAAGACUAUACUGCUUCGCAUAGGCGAAUACUUCCAGGCGCAGGUAACACUCCUGUUUCAUGCGAGAUCGUUUUUUGAUAAAGUCGACCGCACGACGUAAGAAUCAUAGAGGUCGGCAGCUGUUGCAGUGAGUGGCCGAUCUCAUGAAAUGUUGACCGAAAUUCUGAAAUCCGUUUUCGAUCAAAAAGAAUUACUUAAACGGGAUUGUAAUACUGAUUAUCAUACGACAAAAUCCUGCAAUGCUUCGGACUCGCCGGGAUGUCGGCUUUUUAAUACACGUUUUUCAACCUGCAGGAGCCACACUUGGCGAAAAGUGACUACUUAUUUACCAUGCAUUUGUCACGUUGAUUUUCGAUGGUCUAACAAAUUCAAGUAUAUUUCGAUAAAUUCUCGUCGGGCCAGUACAAUUAUAUGGUCCGACGAGAAUUUAUCGAAAGCUACGUAUGCUCGUCACCGCGUCUUCUGAUUACUGCUAUGGAGCUUUUCGCAACUCAAGUAUAUUUUAUAAAAAAACAUGCACAAAAUAUGCUUUCUUCUACACGUUUAGUAGAAAAUCGCGCUGCCUUCACAUUUUAUACUCGAAGAAAGGCUAUCUUUCGGUUUUAAGAAAGUUUCAAAUGAGAUUUUUGAGACCGUGCGAUGUCCGUACAUACAGCAUCGCACAUGUCCGUUUAUCAGUGCUCUUCAUGAAGUUUAUAGCAUGGUCCGCAGCCAUUGCAAAAUUUUAUGAACUCUAUCGUAUAUUCUUAAAGGCAUGUAGGAAUAUAUGAUUUUUUACGCGGAAAGUAUGCACGUUGUAGACUGAAAUCGUUAAACGCUAAUGCAACGGUUGAUCUGGCUCAAAAUUAUUCGGCAACUGGAAAACUUUUUCAAAGCCUAAAUACAUCUUUUCUGUGAGGAUAAAAUGUGAAAAUGGCGUGAUUCGCUACCAAACUAGUGGAAGUAAGCAUAUUUUUGGGCAUGCGCUUUAUAAAAUACACCCACACUUCGAAGGCCACGAAAAUCAAUGUUAAACAUGGAUACUACGUGGGUAGUCAUUUUUCGCGGGUUUCAUCUUUACAGGACGUUAAAAAGAAGCAUAUCUGAGAGCCAACAUCCUGGCGAGUCCGAAAUAUCGUAGGAUUAUGCCGCAUGAUGAUUAAUUUUACAGUCCCGCCUAAAUGACCCUUACCAAUCAAAAACACUUUUUAGAAUUUCGGCCAACAUUUCAUAGGAUCGGUUGUAGCGGCACAGCAGAGAGAAUAUGUGCAGCAUGUGAGCUACAAUCGUCAGGCCAAAUUCCAUGUCUUAAGGGAGAAGACAAAGGGGACCAGAAUAAGGGGUUUAUUGUGCACAGAACCCGGAGUUGUCCUCUCAGGCAGCAGUGGCCACUGGCGAAGCCAGGGCUGAUGUUGACUGCGUCCAGUCACGCCUGAGAGUCCUUGAGAUAGUGGUGGCAGCCGCUUUUGUAGGCUCGUGGGCCAAGCUCAAGUGGUGUCCAAUCAGCGUGUGUUGCAUUUGCCGAGGGGUGGUGUCCCAGUGGCUUGUUCCGCUGGUUGCUGGGGCUGGCGCGUUCAAGUGGCCGCAUGGGCAGCUGCGGCUGCGCGGACGCAGGUAUGCCCGAGCUGUUGGUUGUGUGACUUCAGGUCAUCUCGUCUGGGACGGCUCGCUGCAAGGGAUGAAUGACCUUGAGGCAGCGAGGUCUGGAACAAUGACGCCAGACCGGUCAUGAUGUCUGGCUGCCACACGGUCGCACGCUGUGGCACCGCGACGUGGAAUUUGGAUUCCUCUGGACUAACAGUUGGUGACAGUUUGAUUAGCCGCCCACAAUGCAUGCAAUUUCAGGAUUAUCGGUUUUUCCUCGAGCAUGUUAUUUCAAGGCAACUAAAAUCUAGCAUGUACACCGGGAUGGCGGAAGGGCGCUCGCCGAUCGAGCUACGGAACUCACUCGUUCCGUUGCGCCUUACGGGCUUAUGGGCACCUUAGGACGCCUUCCGAGCGAACCGCGCUGUUCUGCUCUGGUCACCGGAGCUGUCGUGACCCCCUAGAUGCCAGCUUCCGGCCACUCUGAAAUUUACCCACUGUUGUUACCUGGUCUAUCAUUGCAGGAUGACUUCUUGGACGUCUUCGGCGACUCAACCGUCACUGGCAAGGUGGGUACCGAUAUUGCAGAAGGCAAAUGCAGCUGGUUGGCUGCCACCGCCAUUGAAAAAGCCUCUGCAAGCCAGCUGCGCAUCCUUGAGGUGAGUUCUGUGGUUUUUAGCUUGGCUGACUCCGUCUGCGGAGCAGUUAGAUUACUUAUCUCUGUCGGGUUGUUCUUCCUCCUGGAGCUCAUGGCGUCUCCAUAUGAGGAUAAACUUGGCUGCGGCGACCGAGACCUCUGCAUAAAUAGAUUGCGGAUGCUGUCGCCAUUGUCCUCUCGCCGAGGAUGUUAAUUAAGCCGCCUACCCACUAUGUCUAAGUCCGCGACACUUCGACCGUCAGAAGCCGCCAUGUCCACCGCGGAGUAGCUGCAGCACCGGUUGACAUGCGCGUGAAGUUGUUUAUGAUGAGUCAGACUUGCACACCGGCUCUUUCAUCCGCCUUGCUCUGGUGGCAAGAGUGUGUUAAGACGACUGGAGACGGGCGUGGACGCGGUGAAUGGCAAAGCUAUAGACAGUCCGUCUACACGGAAACGGACAUUCAAGCCUCACAUGUCCUCGUCGCCCAAACCUCACGUUGUAUGCAUGAUUUUGUGUGUUGGGACUGUCUGGUCCAGCCGUCCUUUUAUUAUUUGGCUUGACGGCUUGCCCGCUGCUCUCACUGUAGGGCUUUCUGGGAACAGAUGUUGCGGAUAAGAAUCCUUUCGCGUAAUUGGAAUGAAUUGUAUUUGAUGGACAAAUGUGAGUUUGAAAGCGACUUCGUUGUGGUUUUGACUGCGUCGGUCUCUGUUGUCGCCACUGUUUGUAGUCAGAGAUGAUGCAGGAAGACCGGGACAUCAGCCGUUUCAAGCUUUUUGCUGACGUCUCACGCCGAUCGUACAGUAUGCGGGCCAACUCAGGAAAUGUCGGCCGAAAUUUCGAAAUUCGUCCGCGUUUCGAAAAGAUUGAUUAAGUAGAGUUGUAAAACUAAUCAUAAUGUAGCAUAAUUCUAUAACAAUCCAGUUACCUCAGGGUGUAGGCUUUCGAACCAACUUCCUUCCGACUGCAUGCAAGAUUUAUACUCUGCAAAAAUGACUGUUUGAGUAGCAUGCAUUUUUCUCACUGAUUUCGGCUGCCCUUAAAUAUUCAAUUUUAUUUCAUGGAAAACAUGCAUGAAAAUAUUCAUUCUUUCACUAUUUUGGUAGAAAAUUUCAAUUUGAUACUCGAAGUAAGGAUAUAAUUCGGUUUUCAAGAACUUCCAAUUCCCGAAUAAUUUUGAACCCGACUUGCCGUUACACUUGCAUUCAGGGUUACCAAACUACAAGCCGAAUAUUUUCUACUUAUGGAAAACCAUACAUUUUUCCACGGCAUUAAGAGCAGAGCAUGUAGGGUUCAUAAAAUUUAGCAGUGGAUUUGAGCCAUAUUGUUUACUUAACAAACUACACUAGUAAAUGCAAAGACAUGACGUUUUAUGGAUGGCCAUUUCACGGUAUUAAAAAACCGCACAAUUAGACACUUCUUUAAAACCGAAUUAUACCUUUCCUUUGAGUAUGAAAUUGGAAACAGACGCCAUUUUCUGCCGAAUGAGCAAAAGAAUCAAUAUUUGUAUGCAUGUUUUCCAUGAAAUACAAUUGCAUUUUCAAGGACAUCGAGAACUAAUGAGAAAAUUGCGUGUCAUUUUUUUGCUGAGUAUAGUUCUUGCAUGCAGUCGGAAAGAAGUUGAUUCGAAAGCCUACAUCCUGAGGUAACUGGAUUAUUAUAGAAUUAUGCUGCAUUAUGAUUAGUUUUACAACUCUACUUAAUCAAUCUUUUCGAAACGGGAACGCAUUUCGAAAUUUCGGCUGACAUUUCAUGCGUUAUCCCACCUACUGUAGGUCGACACGACGUACGUGCAAAAGCGUCGCGCGGGUGUUCAUCGGUACAGUUUAACGAAGUUCGUCGGUAUCUUCCAAUCAUCCAGUAUCUGUCUGGGUCGGUUCUAUACUGCAGAAUUCACUACAUCACAACCGGCAGCCUCCUCCUGAACUUUAACUCUCUGCAGCAGAGGUCGUCUGGCUAUUUGAGCCCCCAGCUGCCUCAUAGUCUACCUGAAGGGAGUGUUCCAAUUGUUAAAAUCAUAGACCGCGUUGGUCGUCUGCCACCGUUCUGUGCAUGUAGGAGACUAUACUUUUUGUCCCUAUAAAACAGUCUUGUAUCACAAUAAUCUCGCCUCAUAAGCAAGGCUGGCAGGUAUAGCUGCAAUAGCUCAGCAGGUAGAUCGCCUGGCAUGAGCUUUGGAGUCGAAGUUCCGCGCCCAUCUUAUAGCCAGUAUCUUCUCUUCGACUUGUCUGCUUCUUGUAGCUUGUGUGAAUAACUAUUUCAGCUAGUAAGAUCACUGACUGCAUCAAGUGUGUAUGUAUCUUUAUGUUUAGUUAUGAACAGACAAUUUGUACUGUAACUUUCCAAUGUCUUCGCGCUCUUUUGGUCCACAUAAGCGAGAUGCAUCAAUAAUGAUCCCAACUAACGACUUUUUCAAUAAGGUGACAGUUUGAUGCCUCUAGUCUCUUUCGUAAACACUUUCGAAAGCACUUUUGUCGCAGUUACCUGCAAUUUUUGGGAACUAUUUUUAACCUCUGUGGGGUUGACCGCGUGGUUGUAAUGCAUCUAAUAACUAAGGCAGCCACUUGGAUGCGCAAGCAUUUAUAGGCAGGAGGAGAUUACUGACAAAGAAAAGAGAGACAGGGGCGAUCAUUUCUGGCCCAAUUGGCCGUCGUUAGCCAACCCUACCCAAUCCCAGGUUUGGGAGUACCUGAGAUUUGAGUUAUAGAGCGUUAAUGAGCCCAACGCUCCAGUCAGUAAGCCACUGGCUCGUUGCCCUGUCGGUUGCGAUCGGGAAUAUUGACUGUGUUGGAGGUGCGUUAAUCGAUCGGGUCAUGUGACAUGCUCGUCCCCUUGUGCUUUGCGGCCCGAUCUGGAGCCCCGCGAACAGUCGCCUCCUAGAGCUACCCUUAACUUUGAAGACUUGAUCUAUGUGAUAGCCCAAUUUAUUCCGUCACAGACUCCUUUGAGCUCGGCAUUCGUCCCCGCGAUCGGCAUUGUUUUGGUAGUCCGCUAAUUCAUAAAGGAAGUAUUGAGUAGCCGAUGAUUUUUGUCUUAGGGUUGUGAUCAUGUUUGGUCUCGACAUCUGCAGUUAUGGCCCAUGCGACGACCCCCCUUCCCCCACGCGGGUAAUCUCUGACAACACACUUGGUGAACUCGACUCGCUCACUGAAUCGUAAACACUGAUUGCAGAGGGUCCAUGAACUUCCUCUCAUUUUUGUCUCAUAGUUGGAGCCAAAGUUGGGGCUGGUCACUCGUGUUCGACGUUGGAGUUGGGGCAACACCACUUAGAUAAUAAGCGACCGAUGCGCUCAAACCACUCCAGCUGUUGGUCUUGGAUGGUUUGGUGUACACCCAUAAGGUUAACUCAGGAAGUGCAAACUGCCCCAUUUGAGGCGAAUUUCAUAUUCUGCACUCUAAGGAUUGUCCUCAAGCCAUGCUGAUCUAAUACUCCGAGCUUUCUCCUUGUAAACCCGGAAUUCACAACUGUUGCGAAAGCUUCUCUAACUGGUAUCCGACGCACACAAUUCCCGCAGGACUCGGAAUAGACUGUGUACCCGUAAACGCUAAAAUCCUGAGGCAGCAUCGACUCCAGCAGAUGACCACUUCCUCGAUCUGGCACUUCUAACCCACAUAGCUUCCCCCUCUCCCAGCCUUGAAUGCAAUCCUUGACCACUUCGACUCAUGCAACCCGACGGCGACCUCGACCGCCCGUGUUUGCAUUCUGUAGGUCAUCCUUGCUUGAAGUCGUCAACGUAGUCAACACUGUCGAAACUGAGAUUUCGGCCACUGGCAUGUUUAACUGAAGUGGACAAAGGAGUGCGGCCUCCUCUAAUGCCUGGCCGCAAAUAGGCAGGGCUGGAAUGAUACAGUGGUAGUGGGCUAUCUCACCCACUGUUUUUUGAAAAUUCAACCUCUGCAGGAAGGAAGUGUAUCAGUGUUAAAAGUUGGCAAAUAAAUGUAUAUUUUUAAGCACGACUUGCAUUUUCCCUCUCGUUCGGGGUUCCAGAGCAACACGCUGUGAAUUUUCACCAGAACAAAUUCCUGUAUCCAUGAGGAGGUCUUCUAGUGCUUACAAAACAUUACAAUAUAUACCGAAAGCGUUUAAAACUUUUAGAAGGGUAGUGGCAAAGGUCUCAAAAAUCUCCGUAAUCACAUACCUUGAGAAAUGAAAUCGUUCUCUACUAUUCUGUAAAGUCACAACGCUUCCCAAAAAGACAGUGUGAGAAAUGAAUUCUAGCUCAGCAUUUGUAGGAACAAUGAUUUUCUUGACUUAUGCAUCGAAAAUCAGCCGGAAAAAGAGCAAAAAUCGGUCGGAUCUUAUUUCGUUGCCGUACCUGCAGUAGACUAGCCCUAACUCCAACCCCUAACACCUACGGCUACGAAAUAAGAUCUUGCCAACAAAUAAUUUAACUGCUGCUUUGGCUACAAUGCGGUAUCGGACGCUGCGACAGGAUCCAGAAAACAGACUGCCCGUAUCUGCUACUUGCGUAUGGGUGUUCAGGGGCACCGAAGUACGCAGCACUGGUGCAAUUGAUCAGGCUGAAUUCUCUGAAGCCUUUUGAUGGGACCUUACUGUGCUAUGUAUUCAAGUCACUAUUUCACCUGUAAAUAAAGAUGUACAGUGUACAUCGAAGUUCGUGCGGCAUCGAUUGCUAUUUUUCCACGUAAGGGAGGGUUGACUGCAUGCGGCUGUUGAAACAAGAAACAGAGAAAACCGUAUAAGGUUGCGUAACACGCUAUAAGGUGCUGGAUUUUGAUUCAUCACCUUUCAAGCCACCUGUGCAAGUUAAAUUCGAAAAAAUAAUAGUUGAUUAAACAAUUUGUCUUCUUUUAGUUGGUUUUCGAUGCACGUGCUAAUGCAAUCGUCGUUCCUGCCAAAACUGAGCAAGAACUCGUUUCACAUACUCGUUUUAUAGGAAGUGUUUUUAUUUUACAGGAUGGUAGGACGCAUUUUCUCUUUUGAAAGUUCUAAAUUACGAGACUAGUGUAGCUAACUCCUCACUCUUAUUACUACCCCUUUCAAAGCAUAUAACGCGUCGAGUCCAUAUUUUAAUGCUUUGUGAGCACUAGAACGCCUACUCAUAUAGGUAUCGAUAAUUUAGGAAUUUGUUUUAGAGAAUGUGCGUAGCGUGUCGCUUUGGAAUCCUGAAGAGAGGAGGAAAAAUACAAGUCCUACUUCCAAAUGUAUAUUUCUUUGUAAACUUUUCUAACCAAAACUCUUUUUUUCUCCAAAGGUUGAAUUUUCGGAAACAGUUAUCUCCUGUAGAACAAGUAUGAUAGGGUAGUUUUUCGUACGCUAGGUUUGCUCUUUGGUCUAAUGCCAUCAAGCACUGAAUAUUCGCUUAAAAAUUCAUACGUCUUAAUUUGUGUCUUUUGACGCGGAUGACCAGAAAAGGCUAUGUCAGAAGCCGGCAUACUGUCGUGUGCGAUGAUAUUUGGGACUGUGUUUCAUGCCAAUCAGUUUUGUGACCUCAAUUAGUGAUUCAUUCCAUCUGAUACCUUACCGUAAACUGCGGGUAAAUGUUUUACGGGUUUCGGUAUGGUGCUUCUGCCUUAAAUCAAGAAUUCUAGCAGUAUGCAUAGAUUAUCUGAUCUUAUUUCUCAAUACUACCCGCGAUAGGACGGCCUUCAUGACGCAAGUUUGAUUAAUUACCUGGGAUCUGGGUCCUAAAAAAGUUAGCGGUAAUGAGAAACUAUGGAGAUCUACCUACUCUGUAUUUUUGGAAGAAGAUAUUGUUCUGCACAGUUUUUGGUCGACCCUUCGGCAGGAUGACAUUCGCUGACCUGUACCGCCCCGAGGAACCGGUAAUGCUGGAAUGUCUACAUUGUUUCAUUUUGCAGCACACCCCACACGUAAUUCUUUAGUCAGAGGGAAGCUCAAUUUUGCAAAAAAAAGUUCGGCGCGGAGAGCAGUCAGGUAGUAUAAAAAUACUCGGAAUUAUGGUAGAUGGAGUGCAUCCGUCUGCCAGUAAAGCAGGAAGGUUAAAAUGCUGGUGAAUUUGUUAAACAAAGGUUGUGAUUUUCUCAUCCUGCGCAUAAACUGAAUCCUUGCCAAGUUAGCUAAUGUCAUGCUUCUUGUGUAGUGUUUUUUUCCAAGCAAUUCAAAAUUCCAAUACAUUCUCUUAAAACGGUUCGAAAGAUCCCAAAUCUCGCGCGUUCCGUCUGUCCUGUUAACUUGGCCCUUGAUUCACUUGUCAAAGCACAGAAGUCAGAGAUGACUGCAGCACCUACGUAGGGUAUAGUUAUACGGGGUCAUUUGCUAAUCAGCGAUCAGCGACGCAGGUCUGGAGGUAGCUGCGCAGGGCUCCGUACCUCAGCGCCAGUUCGAUACACCGAUCGACUAAAUUCUCAUCCGAGACCUAGGCUUCAAUCUAUUUUCGACCAAUUUUAUUUCCGUCGCGGAUGAUUAUCUUGUUUACACUUCCAUUCACCCCCCCUCUCCAUCCGAUCCUGGUUUUCGUGUUGUUAGUGACCUGAAACGUUUGCGAUUACUAUUGCCCAUUUAUUCCUGUUACUCCGUUCAGGAAAACUACGGCCUUCCUGACGCGACCUCCGUUGCUGCCGUGAAGGACGUCUUUGUGGAACUCGACCUCCCUUCAGUCUACGCAGACUUUGAAAAAACCGCACGGGUCGAGAUUUUGGACUUGAUUGCCCGCUUUUCCUCAUCCGGAAAACUCCCUGGGGACUUCUUCCGCUCUGUACUGGAUCUUCUACAUCACAGACCUAAGUAA